GGAAGAGUUCUACUUUUCUUAUUAUUCCACAACUCACUUAGCACAUACAUAUAUACACGUCGGCUACACUCCAUAAACCCUAGCCGAGAACCCUUGUUCCUAAUAGCCAUUUGGGCCCACAAUUAGGUUUACAUGGGCAUGGCCCAAUCCCCAUGCAACUCAUGCACGAUACAGUCUCUCAACAAAUUCGAGCUAGGAAAUCAAU